AUGAGCCAUAAGAUCAUCAACCCUUCGACCUCGGUCGCCCAGCACCCGGCCCCGCAGGGCUACGACUACACCAUCGGCCCGCAGCAAACGCUACCGGACCUGCCCCAGUCGAUGGGGCCCUCGUCUGCGUCCACCUUCGCCUCCACUGGCAUCUCGACUACCGGACCGUCCGCUGCCUCUGCUGCCUCCUCGACAAACCUGGCGUCAGGGCCCUCCGUCUACAGCUCGUCGCUCCACCCGCUUGCCCACACGCAGCAAGUUUCGCUCGCCGCGUACGCGUUUCUGUUCCAGGAGAUGGUCGCCCAGGCCCGCAACGCCAGCAAGUCCGUCGCCGAGAUCGAGCUCCGCUUGCACCGCCACGGGUACCACCUCGGCGUCCGGCUCCUGGAGCUGCUCAACUUCCGCAGUAGCGUCAACGCCAGCUCCAGGUCCGCCUUCUUCAAGACCAGCACCGCCGGGCCCUCGUCCACGUCGGCAACAGUGUCCUCGUCCGCGCCCUCCGCCCAACUUCACGGUUACCAUUCCCAUGGCUCUGGCGACGCCGCCGGCGCCACUGCUGCUGCUGCUGCUGCCGCAGCAGCAGACGAUGGACACGCCCUUGCCCACUCCAUCUCGCACAUGAAACGCCGCGACCUCACCAUGGUCGAGAUCCUCCAGUUCGUCCACAGCACUGUGUGGACCUACCUGUUUGGCCGGCCCAGCGACGACCUCGUCAAGUCCUCGGACCGCGACAACGAGUUCAUGAUUGUCGACCAUGCGCCCUUGCUCACCCGCUUCAUCAGCUCGACCAACGUCCAAUGCGAUUUUUUUGUGUGCGGUGUGGUCGAGGGCGUCCUGGACUCGGCCUGCUUCCCUUGUGCUGUUACCGUGCACUCAGUUCCAGACGACAAGUUCCCCGAGAAGGCGGUGUUCGUGGUGCGGUUUGAGUCGGCAGUGCUCGAACGCGAAGCACUGCGGGCGUGA